AAAAAUUGAAGCGUCAAUUGACAAACACAACCCUAGUCCUACUCUGGAAUUGUCUGUGUGUUGUGUUUUAGACUGGGUUCGACAAAAGCGAAGCGUUUCAAAUCAUCAAAUGAAACCCUAGAUUGUGGGCAUUCGUCAUCUUCACCGAUCUUCCAGAACCUGCUAUCCGCCAUUAAAGCUCCUGAGGUGUUUGCAGAUAAGCUUUUGGUGCAUGGACGAUUAAGAGAAUAUUUUAAGCUGAUUGAUUCCGUUUCUUCUUCUAGUAAAUUGCUAUAUACAUGCCACAGUUGUCAUGGUGAUAUUGGAAGUGUGAUGGAGGUUAUCUCUGCUCAUUUUUCCCUAUCAUUUUCUGAUGAGCAAGCAUUUGGACAUUUUCUCGGCAGAUAAUUUUUGCUGCAUGGAAAGGAUUAUAGAUCUUCUGAACUCAGCCUAACUGCAGCCAUAUCAAUGCUUCUCAAUCCUAUCAUGCUUUCUGCACCAAAAUUUUUCCAGGCACAUCUGAUUUCAUUGGUUUCGGAAGCAACUGGUAUUUGCAUGGGUUUGGAAAAUAUUAGACCAGACCUUAGACUUAUGGAUUGCUACCUAUCAGCAUUUGAAAGGUCUGUCAUCUUGUACAGGAAGCACAUGUCUAGUUUGCAAAUGGAUAGCCAUCCUACAGGUGCUGGAGGUUGUUUUGUGAAUUCAAGUAUAAUUGGGGAAGACAUUCAGCCAUCUUUUGAGUCUUAUAUUCAGGAAGUCACUAGAAAUAAAGUUAAUCAUAUAAUCACCAAGUUAGACACCUCUUGGCAUUCACACAUAUACAACGUGUUUUCGAGAACAAAAUCUGAUCUGGUAACUUCCUCUAUUGCAUACAUGAAGGAUAGCCAAUUUGUUCUUGACUUGUCAUACAGAGAUGAUAUUUUAUCGAUCUUAGCCUCCAUAACAUUAGAAUCUCCUUCUGGUGGCACUAAUGAUACUGCAUUAACUACCAAUGGGGAUACUAGUCCACAAGAUAUAUGUUUUCUUGCUUCUAUAUUGAAGUUAAUGAGCAGUUCCCUGUUACAAGCCAUUUGGUGCCUAAGGCAUAGUGGCGGGCUGGGUUGUCCGAGAAACUUAAAGAACUUCUCUUCAUGUAAGGAAUAUGAUUCUAUAGUGGGUAUUAUCAGUUGUUUUCAACAAUUUAACAUAUGUUUACCAAUCCAAAAGUCAUUAUAUGACAUUAUGGAAAGUCACCCGAUACAGCACAAGGAGUCCAUAAUGAUGCUUCUGCAUUUUCUAGGCCUGCUAUCAUUAAGUUUUCAUUAUGGGCUUGAUUUAUUGGUGAAGGGCUGCAUAUUGGCAUUAAUGACAUUGAUGAAUCUAUUUAUUUUUGAAGAGGGUAAUAUAGAGACAUUGAAAUCAUUGAUUGCUUCAAGAUCAAAAUCCUUUUCAAUUGUGUUACAUACUGAUAAUGUCCCGGAGGCUGUGUUGGACCAAAGAUCUAGCCGAUUAGUUGCAUCAAAAUCCCAGAAAGUCCAGAUGUUUUACUUGAGUGCAGCUCCUGUUGCAAUCGAUUGUACAGAAAGUGAGGAUGGGCAAACAAAUACUUCAGCAAAUUCCUCAUUUGCAAAUCACAUGGAAUGUGUUGUUGGCACAGAGGAGGAAAUAGAGGAAACUUGCAAUGGGGAGAUUUUUCUCAAGUGCAUACUAGAGUGCCCAGAAAAAAUCAUCUGAUAUUGACGACUUAACGGAUUUCAUUGAAUGCAAGCAAGGGAAGGAUUAUUCUGGCUGGUUGAAGGAUCGGCAAAGAUAUCGGAAGUGGAAAUGUGAGAAAAUGGCAGUAUUAAGGUGGCAGAAAAAGAAAAAAAUUUGGAGAGAGAUGAAAGGCAAGACUCAAGAGAACAUGAAGUUUGUUUAUACUUUUGAGAAUUUUAGUCCGCCUGAUGGUAAAUAUUAGCCAAACAAUUUAACAUAAACAGUAGUUUCAGGAAUUAGUGGAGAAUCUCUUCUUUUCUAUGAUUCUAUGGGAGGUGCUAUGCUAUUUUGGCUGAUGGGAAAAGCACAAAAAUAAGAAAAAAAAUUACUAUUUUGAACUCUUAUUGCCAGCUGUUGGCUUAUUGGAAAGGUGGCAUUGUGGUCAAUUCAAGUCCUUAUCUCUGAGCAAGCAGUAGAAGUCAUGGUGUACUAUCCAAUGUGACUAGGAGAAACUUUUCUACUGUACUCUGGAAGAUGAUCAGUUAGCUUAAUGGAACUGCAGUCGGGACAUUAAAGUGAUGGUGUAAUAUUUUUGUUUUCUCUAGGAGUUGAGGGGAGCGGGUGUAAAGAUGACUCCCUACUGAAGCAAAUAGUGCAGCAGAUUGGCCAAGGUGCAAAUGUUUUCCCUUUCUGUUGCUUUUUAUUUUGGAUUGCUUGAGCUAAAACAAGAAAAUGGAAGGGGGAAAUUUGCAUAAUGCUGUCCAUUGUGAUAUGUUGGAAACAUGAUUAUGUGUGUGUGUAUAUAUAUAUGUGUAUUUUUGCGAAAUUGUACUUGGAUGUGCAUGAUCUAAUACAUCAUAUCAAGUUGUUUAGUCAUUUAAACAGACACUUAUCAAAAAUAAAAAUAAAAAAUUAAACAAAGAUCUCUGUACCAAUAAAAAAAAGUAAAUAUGAAGGUUAAAUAUUAAAAAGUGCGUAAUGAAUAGAACAAGAUGCAUCAUGAACAAAGUGACAGUGGGGCAGUUUUAUUGGAAAAGAAAAAAUAGUCAAAUGUACGACAACCUAGAAAGUCAGGUAUGUAGGGAUGUUAGAGCCUUUAAUCAUGUAUCAUUGGCAAAAGCCAGUUGGUAUAUAUCUUCAGAUCUGCAUGCAUUAGUUUUGGAGUUUCUCAUUUGUAGAUUAUGUUUGGUGCUUAAUACUUAAACAUGGCAGUUGGACAUAAUUCAACAUCAGGUUAGAAGAGUAGUUUUACAAGGUAGUUCUCAUUAGGCAGGGUAGCAAGCUAUGUUACAUGGACUUGGCGUACACGUGUCAGGUGCGAGUAUUGUGCGUUCGACACAGAUACUUCACUUACUUUUAAAGAGUCAUUGUAACAUAUGUAUUAAGAUGGUCCGUUCAUACUUCACUUACUUUUGAAGAGUCCUUGUAACAUAGGUAUUAAGACAAAGCGAUUUAUCAAACUCUUUGAUUAUUACAGCUCAUCUAAGACCUAUAUCUUAUUGCAUUCCCAUUACUUAUGCAGCCUCAUCUCCCCAGUACUUCAAGCUGCGCUUUCAGACCAUUCUCGGGUAUUUGGCCAUGAUUAGAUUUUUAUAACAAAUCAAAUAUUCUAGAUUUGUACAUGGCAAGAGAUUAGGUUAUGGUCUGUAAUAAUCAAACUAAGCUGAAUUUAUGUCUUGAUAUAUUAAUAUAGUGGGUUCCACCUCCAACCAUUUUUAUCAUUAUUAUUAAUUUUGGGUUAAUUUCAAAAACUUAUUUAUAUAUAUAUUUUCAUAUUGUCACCUACUAAUUUUCAACUAAACAUUUGAACUAUUAAAUUCCCUAGCCGUCAAUUUGUCGUUUAAAUAGUAACAGUAAUGCCAUUAUAUAUGCUUUUUUUUCUUUUUUUCUUCAAAGCAAAAUUUCAUAUGAGGCAGAAUGAAAAGAAGAUAUAAUUCAAUUGGUUUUUAUAAAUGCUUGUUUAUAUCUUUCUUUUCUUUUUCUUUUUGGCUAUUUUGGAAUUAAUAUAUAUGAGUUAUAAACUGAAAGGAGUGGAGCAAAGCUGGACCACUUACUAAUUAUAAAUUUAUUUAAAACUAUUUGAAUGGGAGUUUCCUGUCAUUUUUUUGAACUCUUAUUGCCACUGGGUGUUGCUGUUUGCUUAUUGGAAAGGUGGCAUAGUGGUCAAUUCAAGUCCUUAUCUCUGAGCAAGCAGUAGAAGUCAUGGUGUACUAUCCAAUGUGACUAGGAGCAACUUUUCUACUGUACUCUGGAAGAUGUUCAGUUAGCUUAAAGAUGGCUCCUACUGAGCAACUUUUUGUUUUCUCUGGGAGUUGAGGGGAGAGGGGUAAAGAUGACUCCCUACCAAAGCAACUAGCGCUGCAGAUUGGCCAAGGUGCCGAAAAGGAAGCGGAGAAUAGUCCACGUCCACAAGCAUAGUGAUGCCAUUGAAGUUCCUUGCUACUUGCUAUUUUGUAUCCAUGCUAUAAGGUUGAUAUGUUCCACGUGUUAAGUAUUGUAAAUUAUGCUAGGAAAGCAUUGUUGAUGUAAUUAAUCCUUGGCAACUUUAUGUAUUUUGGUAUGUAUAUGUUGGCACCACUUCUAUUUUUGCCACUCUUCAUAUUUGAAAUCCAUUGUAGGAAAGGUUGGAACUUGGUUGUGUUGAUAGAUGCAAAUGUAUUUAUU